CCUCUCUUAACACAAAAUAGUACUUCAACAUCAAUCCUAAUCUCAUCCAACCUCAGCCCGUGUCUUGUGCUCUUUGAACCUGUACACGGCGCGAGACCCGGGCACAAAGUUACCAAACGAUCAUCAAAGUGCCAGAUAAGCAAACACAAGCAACAAUCACAGCAUUCAUCAAAACACAUUCACUCAUCAGUCUCGUUCAUCUAAGCAUCACAACCAAUCAUCCAUCAUGAGUAGUCCAAAGCGUCGUAUUGAGACGGACAUGAUGAAAUUGCUCAUGUCCGAUCAUGAGGUCACACUUGUCAACGAUAGCAUGCAAGAAUUCUUUGUUCGCUUUCAUGGACCAAGUGAAACACCUUUUCAAGGAGGAAUAUGGAAAAUUCAUGUUGAACUACAAGAUUCAUACCCAUACAAAUCUCCAAGUAUCGGUUUUAUGAACAAAAUCUUUCAUCCAAACAUUGAUGAAUUGAGCGGUUCGGUUUGUUUGGAUGUUAUUAAUCAAACUUGGUCACCCAUGUUUGAUAUGUUAAACAUCUUUGAAGUGUUUUUACCGCAAUUGUUGCGUUAUCCUAAUCCACAAGAUCCUUUAAACGGUGAAGCGGCUGCUCUGCUAAUGCGAGAACCAAAGACGUACGAUGCAAAAGUGCGCGAAUACGUUUCCAAAUAUGCAACGAAAGAAUGCGCCGAAAAGGCUGGAGGCGAUGGAGAAGAAGAUGAACGAGGAAGUGAAGAUGAAGAAGAGGAAGAGAUGAGCGAUGUUGGUAGCUUCUCCGAAGAUGAGGCAGGUGAUAUGGAACUAUGAUUCAUCUUACCUGCACGCAUGCCAUCAAUGCAAUCAUUGACAUCCAAUCAAGACAACUUUUGCAUCAUUCAUCAUCAUACUCCGCUCUGUCAUUUUCACUGCUCCAUCUCUCAUGUUCGCCUUUCAUUUUUGUAUCUUUUGUAUUUACUCUUAAUUUGUCCGUCUAUGUCCGACUCCAAUGUUAUAAUGUUCAAAUGAUGGCCAGAUGAUUGAGUUGCAUGUCACGAUACGGUAGUCACUUCACUCUUCAUGCCCUUAACGGCGCUGGCAAGAUCAUACGAACAGACUCUGAUUCGACAUAUGUAAUGCGAUUACAUCACUAAAAAUACAGUUCUAUACAAUACAAUACGGAAGACUGGCCUCAA